UAGCCAGUAAUCUCUCUCGGUAGCCAGUGAUCUCUCUCGGUAGCCAGUAAUCUCUCUCGGUAGCCAGUUCGCUUGAGCGCAUGACGGUUGGUUCCAAGCAGCAGAGUAAAGGGAGGCGUUGUUGUCAUGACGACGCUACACAACUCACCGGAAGGAAAUGUGUUGCAAGCAGGAUGCCAGUAUACAUCAGAAAAGGGCCUGCAGAUAUCCCCGAGGCCCCCGACAGCGGCCACGGUGAUGACGAGGAGGAGUUGUUCCUGAGUGACCCUGAUCAACUCCAGGACCAGCUCCCCCAGCCGUUCAGAAUGAUAGACAAGGUCCUGGACAGACUUGUAGACAGGGCAUGGGACUUCAUCUCACAGAGAGAAACUGUCAGGGUCACAGAGCAAGCUAUUCAAACUAUACCCAUUAUGCAGGUCUCAGGGCACGUAAAGCUCCCUGUGAGGACCAACUGCGUGGCCUGCUCUGAGGAUGGCAGGUACAUCUUCCUGGGUCACCCCCACGGCCUGUCUGUUAUGGCUCAGCCCCAGGGUAUCACCACCUCCUCCUCUUCCUCUCCCUACUGUGUGCCAGUAUGGCAGGAGGACCAGGUAGAGAUCACCUCUCUUCACAUCACCUGUCUGGGGGAGAUGGUCUACCUGCUGGCAUCCCUGGAUGAUAUGGGUGUUGCCAGACUGUUUGCUUAUUACUCAGAAACCAGCCACCUGAUAAAAGUCAUGAAUGAAACAGAUGACCUCAACCAGAGAAGUGUCUGUGUGAAGUUUGAACUGUCCAGAGGAGGAGACUACGGAGCUGCUACCAUCAGCUGUAAUGGUUGUCAGUGUUUAGAGGUGUACAGAUUCCCUAAAGACUCCUGGCUGAAAGAGCUGUCCCAGCAUGCACCUGGAGUAGGAGAUACAGGCAAACUGUCUCCUGUCGCCAUGCUGAUGAAGAUCAAACCACCUAAACCUCACACAGGCUCUACCAUGAAGAGUCCAUUUGAGGUGUUGCAGAAGACCGAGGAUGGCAAUGUGAUUGGCUCAGGACAGAACCACCUGAUCAGCAGUCGCCAAUGGGAGGACCAGGACGCUGUGUUUAAGUCUGUAUACAGGAAGUACAUGGUUACUAACCCCAGCAACACUACAGACCCAGAGGACAGACCCAGCUGUGUGACCAGUCACUUCCUGCUUCCUGGAGGUCUGUUUCCUGUCCUGGGAGGAGUUAAGCCUCAGACAGGAGGAGUGGCUGUAGCUGUGUGUCUGUGGUGGAGCGGCAGACACAAUCUGCUGCAGUACUUACUGUGUAAAGCUCCCAGAGACAAACCAGACCCGGAGCCCAAGCCUGAUGCGUUGUGGCCUAAUGCCCAGGAGAUCCUGUGUUCUGCUGUUAGCAGCUGUACUAGACACAUAACUCUGGGACUGGUUACUGGACUGGUCACUGUCUGGGACAGACACUUAGGUCUUCCUCUGUCUGUUGUCUCAGUGGAAGCAGACAGUGUGUUCAGCAGCAUAAUAUUUGUGGAUUACUGGCCUAGUACGGCUACUGAGGAUGCCCUACACAGCCAGGGUCUGAACCACAGCAGCACACAGGUCCAUCUACUGGUCACAUGUAAGAGUGGAGCAUGUCAUCGAGUCGACGCAGGAAGAGGACUGGACUCUCAUAAUGUCACACAACUAUCAGAAAGACCAUCAGAUCCAGGCUGUUUCCCUGUGGUGACUGCUGCUGUUCCAUUCCUCCAGCGCCUGGCUCUGAUCAUGCAGAGGAAUGGGAAGAUCCUCCUCCAAGACAUGGUAGACAGGAGAGUAGUGUGCUGCUUCUCCCUCCCAGACACUCAUCUCCUGGCCAAUCCCUGGAAUCCUGUGUUUCUACUGGACCCCACACAGCAGUCUCUGCUCAUACCAGGUGAUCAGCGUCCCGGUCCCGACAGUGGGGAGGAGGGGGAGGACAGAGGGAGUCGACUCUUUGUGUUCCGUCUCCGAGAUGCUGCUGCCGUCAAGCCGUACAGACACGAAUAUGUCGGCAGAGCAUCAUCACCCCAGGGCCAAUCAGGGACAGGCACCUCUAACUUGGAGGAAACAUGCAACCUCUAUUUCCAACAAAGGGUUCAAUCUGUGGAGGAGAGAAACAAAGUCAUGACUGAGACAUGGAACCAGCUCCAAGAGCAUGCCGCCAUGGUGCUCUUACAGAACUGACAACAAGCUGUUACCAUCUAACAGAACUGACAACAACAACUUGUUCCCCUCUUACAGAACCAACACCCUGUUACCAUUUUACAGAACCAACACCCUGUUACCAUUUUACAGAACCAACACCCUGUUCCCCUCUUACAGAACCAACACCCUGUUACCAUCUUACAGAACCAACAGCCUGUUACCCUCUUACAGAACCAACACCCUGUUACCAUUUUACAGAACCAACACCCUGUUACCAUUUUACAGAACCAACACCCUGUUCCCCUCUUACAGAACCAACACCCUGUUACCCU